AUGGCGGCCUCAUCCAGAGCACAUGAAGGCAUCACGAAAAAGCUCAAAACGAAAAUAUGGCCGCCAGGCCCCGAAGCACUCAGACCGGAGAAGAAGGAAAAACGUCACUUCCCCGAAGUCCCUGCCGAGAGCUCUACCAGUGCCCCAGUACCUAAAAAUUCGCUAACAAAGGGAAAACAACCAGCUGAAGAGAGUUCUGCCUACUAUGAAGCCGGUGGACGUACUUUUCUGACUAUACCGAGGAGCAAACGAGAUUAUAUAUUGAAGCCAGAGAAAGAAGAUCAGGGGGAGAACAAAAUUUCUACCGGCCACGAAGACGACAAUUAUGAACAGGGAUCGAAAACGAAAGGCAAACAGAGAGACGCAGAAGAAGACUUGCCUCCUCGAAUCAUCGUCACGAGCGAACCAUCUAGGAUAUCGGAUGACCACCGAAGUUUUGACAGCUUAGAGCUACGCUCGUUGGUUUCUCGCGCCACACUACCGUCAAGCAAGUCUUUCCGCGACUGGCCUUUUGGGGGGUCAAACAGACAGCUCGCCAGCUCCUCCUCUCACGAGAGUCUCUCAGGAUACCCCGAGAUACCGGCUUCGAGAGGCCUACCGGUCCCAAGGAACUAUUAUACAAAUGCAUGGAAAUUCUCUCAAGGUCUUGAACAACUCCGCAGUCCCCUUGUGGAAGCAUCGCAAUGCGGUGAUACUGUUACUCUCAACAUCUUGAUCGAUAAGGGAGCAGAGAUCGACAUGCAGUUUGCACACGGGCAAUAUGGCAGCGCUCUCGUUGCUGCGAGCGUUGGUCAAUUUCCAGAUAAUGUGAAAGUCCUUCUCGACAGAGGGGCAGAUGUCAAUCUACAGGUCGCUCACGGGUUAUAUGGCAGCGCUCUUGUUGCUGCGAGUUUUAGUCAAUAUCCAGAGAACGUAAAUGCUCUUCUCGACAGAGGGGCAGAUGUCAAUCUACAGGUCGUCCACGGGAAAUUCGGCAGUGCUCUUGCCGCAGCUUCUGAGAGUCCACGUACUUCAGAGUCGGUCAAGAUAUUACUUGAAGCAGGGGCGGAUGUUAAUUUACCACUCUCGUUUGGUAGCUUCAAUGAUGCAAUGUCGGUGGCAGUAUACAGCAGAAAUGCUACAGCCAUCAAACUUCUAUUUGAAGCAGGGGCUAAAAUCUCACCUCUGGUAGCAAGCUUGAUACAGAGAGCAGCGUCAAAUGACUCGGCUUUUUGCAAUGUUCUCAAAGGCAUGGCAUCUGAAUACACUUACUCUCCGGAAACUUUGAGGCUAAAAUUCUAUUGCGAACUUCCGUCAUUGGCAGCUGAUCGCGAUGGUACUGAAUGGUUAUUCAACAUGGGAGUCUUGAUAAGGAAAAAAGACACCGUGGAGUUUGCAACUCUCCAAGAUUACCUAUCUCGCUCAUUUGAUACAACCGGUCUUGACUUGUUGCGGGGGAUCAUCAGAGCCCUGGAAACCCCUCUCAAUCUCUACUGGCUUGGACGCCAAACCACAAGCCGUGGAUUAGAGCUUGAUUUUCUUCGUAUGCUCCAGCUUUCGGCAGUCGAAUAUCCUGUUUUCGUUGAAUCUGGUCUCAUUCUUAUGGGUUACUCAACUGCUCUUGUCCCUAUCAAAGAAACAAAAGAUGGAAUGAUAUUAUGGCAUCUUGAAACCUCCCGUCAGGAUUCACAAUUCAAAGUCUCCGACAUCAAAGCAACAAAGAGAAACUGGCUGAAAGCCAACAGUCUUGACUACUUGCAGUCAAAGAGGGCGCUAGUAGGCUGGUGUUCCGAGGCAAAUAUCCUUCUAGGUACGGAUCGGCUCGCUCCCAGCGUUACUUGGUCCAAUGCGAAGGUGAAAGCAACCACAUGGCACUGGAAAGGGGCCAAUCUUCAAGUUCUGGCACAGUCUGCUGCUCCGCUGCAGAUGGGUGGACAAAUUGGAUUUUCCUUCGACCGAGUCCUUAACACUGUCCAAUUCGACCCCUCCCAGAAUUAUCUCAGAUGCUUGAGAAAUGGUGUCAUGGAACAUACCGUACUCUAUGAUGUCAGUACAGAAAGGGCAUGGCUAGUUCCUCUAAUCUGUGUACUACACCAUAUGCUCCUAGUUUAUUCGGAGGGUAUUAAGAACGAGCAUCGCGUUAAUCAUGCACCGAAGGCUACCAUAUCGGGUCCUUCUGCGUCGUUCAUGACACUCAGCGAUAAAGGUAGCUUUGUCCUGGAACGCUCGGGGGAUGACUCGCUUACUAUUCGUGAGAUUGUCAUGGGGCUUUCGGCGAAUCUAUCCAAGGCAUCAUUGCACAAGCCAGCCCGUUCUGAAAUCUACGGAUAUGAGUUGAUGGAUGUCUUAAUGGGGUCUCCCCGGUCUGAGUUGAAGAAAAAACGAAUCAAAAAAGAAGGUCUAGCCUGGUCAUCUCUGCUGGAUGGAAUUAGCUGCUUGUUCUGUUCUGACCUGGGCGAGGCAAUUGUUGGUAGAAGAGUGCCAGACCUCUCCUCGCCAUGCAACAAUUUGCCAAUCGGAUACAACUUCAUGGCUGCAUCUAUGCAGAGUAUCGAGAGCCUGUCUAUGACGCAUGGCGUUAACAUUAAAUCAAACUUCCGUGCCGACAGGAUUGUCAAGGUGACUGUUGGAGAUGCCCUGACUUUUUGCAAGUAG